AUGGCUGCCGCCGUAGACGACGGGCAGUUCCUCAAGCAGGCGACUGGUCGAAACACUCGAGGCUUGCUGCGAGUGAUUAUCCUGUGCCUGAUUGCGGGUGCGGCCGUGAGCAGCCGUCUGUUCUCAGUGAUUCGCUUCGAGAGCAUCAUCCAUGAAUUCGAUCCCUGGUUCAAUUUCAGGGCAACAAAGUAUCUCGUUCAGCAUGGCUUCUACAGCUUCUGGGACUGGUUCGACGACCGAACAUGGCACCCGCUGGGCCGAGUUACUGGUGGCACCCUCUACCCCGGAUUGAUGGUCACCAGCGGCGUCAUCUACCACUUCCUCCGCGCCAUUGCCCUCCCCGUCGACAUUCGUAACAUCUGUGUCCUCCUGGCCCCCGCCUUCUCCGGCCUCACUGCGCUGGCUACAUACCUCCUGACAUCGGAAAUGGUACCCUCGCCCUCGGCUGGUCUGCUUGCGGCCGCCUUCAUGGGCAUCUCACCCGGUUACAUUUCGCGAUCCGUGGCCGGAAGUUACGACAACGAGGCCAUUGCCAUCUUCCUUCUCGUCUUUACCUUCUUCCUGUGGAUUAAGGCUGUCAAGAUUGGUUCCAUAUUCUGGGGUGCAUUGACUGCCCUGUUCUACGGAUACAUGGUGUCAGCGUGGGGUGGAUACGUCUUCAUCACAAACUUGUUGCCUCUGCACGCUUUCGUCCUCAUCUGUAUGGGACGAUACAGCCCAAGGCUGUACGUCAGCUACACUUCGUGGUACGCCCUGGGCACGCUUGCGAGUAUGCAGAUUCCCUUUGUCGGUUUCCUGCCCAUCCGCAGUAGCGAGCACAUGUCGGCUCUUGGUGUCUUUGGUCUCCUCCAGCUUGUCGCAUUCGUCGACUGGGUCCGCGCACAACUUCCAGGCAAGCAGUUCCAGACGCUUCUUCGCGCACUGGUUCUGGGUGUCUUCGUCAUUGGCGUCGGAGGUCUGGUGCUUUUGACCGUCUCAGGUGUCAUCGCGCCCUGGACUGGCCGUUUCUACUCGCUCUGGGACACUGGAUACGCCAAGAUCCACAUUCCCAUUAUCGCAUCCGUCUCCGAGCACCAGCCUACUGCCUGGCCCGCGUUCUUCUUCGAUCUCAACAUGAUGAUUUGGCUCUUCCCUGCUGGUGUCUACCUGUGCUUCCGCACUUUGACCGACGAGCAAGUCUUCAUUGUCAUCUACGCUGUCCUUGCCAGUUACUUUGCUGGUGUCAUGGUCCGUCUCAUGCUUACUCUGACUCCCAUUGUUUGUGUUGCAUCUGCCAUUGCCUUUUCCCAGAUCCUUGACACCUUCCUGGACGCCAAGACGCCCAAGCCCAAGACCGAGAAGGAGAGUGCCGAUGUGGCUUCAGUUGCAGCGGCAGCAGUGCUCCCAGACGGCCUCCGAUCCACCCGCAGCCCCUGGGUUGGUAUUUACUCAUAUGCCUCCAAGCUCACUGUUGUCGGUUCCUCCGCCAUCUACCUUGUGAUUUUUGUUCUUCACUGCACUUGGGUCACCUCAAAUGCGUACUCGUCGCCCUCAGUCGUGCUCGCGUCCCGUACCCCCGAUGGUCACCAACACAUCAUUGAUGAUUACCGUGAGGCGUACUACUGGCUCAGGCAGAACACUCCCCAAGAUGCAAAGGUCAUGGCGUGGUGGGAUUAUGGUUACCAGAUUGGUGGCAUGGCUGACCGCCCUACGCUCGUUGACAACAACACGUGGAACAACACACACAUUGCUACCGUUGGUAAGGCCAUGAGCUCCAGCGAGGAGGUCAGCUACCCGAUUAUGCGCCAGCAUGAAGUUGACUACGUCUUGGUAGUCUUUGGUGGUCUUCUUGGCUACUCCGGAGACGACAUCAACAAGUUCUUGUGGAUGGUCAGGAUUGCCGAGGGUAUCUGGCCCGAGGAGGUCAAGGAGCGCAGCUUCUUCACAUCGCGAGGUGAAUACCGUGUUGACGAACAAGCUACACCAGCCAUGAAGAACAGUUUGAUGUACAAGAUGUCAUACUACAACUACAAUGCGCUUUUCCCUGCAGGUCAAGCACAGGACCGUGUCCGUAACGCGCGUCUGCCUGCUCAAGGUCCGGAGCUUAGCACCAUUGAGGAGGCCUUCACCAGUGAGAACUGGAUCAUCAGGAUUUACAAGGUCAAGGACCUCGACAACUUUGGUCGUGACCACCAAAGCGCGGUUUCCUUUGACAAGGGCCACAAGAAGAAGCGCUCUACAAAGAGGAAGGGUCCCAGGGUACUGAGAGUGGAGUAG